UCUGUGUGUCUCUGCCGCUCACACACACACAGGAGACUACAAGCAGGAAGUAGAAAAAAAGCAGACAGCAGCUGAUGAAAAUAAGGAAGUAAACGCUGUCGGAACGAAGCUGGAGCCUCUUUUUGCUGCUAUAAAGUGAAAGUAGAUCUGUCGACAGCUUAAUAAUAGACCCAGAGCACAACAGCUGUGCUAAGGAAGUUAGCUGUCAAGCUAACUCCUCCACUGACUCCAUAUUACCUCAAAACAAGCCCUAGACAAGAAAAGCAGAAGGGGGGGAGGAAGACACAGACGAACCUGCUCCUGUUAUUCCCACAAUAAUUAUCAGCCGCCAUGGACCACAAAGGGGAACCCCAGGAAGGAGCUAUGGGGCUGAAACACGAGGAGCUGCCACAGAUGGACGGAUCAUGUGAUGCGUGCGAGCCCGACGAAGCCAAACCGGCAACACAAGUGUGCUACAUCUGCAGCUUUGCCUUCUGCCCCGUCCACGCUGACAGACAUGCCAGCAGUACACAUCACCCCAUAAUGCCUUAUAACCACGAGGAGACACAAGCUAAUGGACUUGGCACCAAAAGAGACUCCAGAGUGGGAGAUGGAGCCGAGGAUGAGGUUGGUGUGGAGAGGGCAGCUGGAAUGGGCGCUAAUCAGGGAAUGGCACUACUUGGAGUGGCAAUGGCUAAUGGCGGUGAAAGCAGUGAUGCUGGGGACAGGGAGGGAGCCCAGAAUGGCCUGCAGCAGGAGGCUGAGCUGGAUGAUGGAGCCAAGGGUGCGGAGGCAGGGCAGGAGGCCGUGGCUGCUGGAGAGGCAGGGAAGAGGGACACAGUGACAGUAGAGAGACUGCGCUGCAAGGAGCACAAACAGGAGGGCUCCUUGUACUGCAAACCAGAUGAGAAGAUCAUCUGUGUGGUGUGUGCGGUGCAGGGUGAGCACCGCGACCAUGAGAUCAUCACCCUGCACGAGGCUUAUGUGUGGCAGAAGAGCCGGCAAGGUUACGACCUACUGGGCUGUACACAACAGAUGGCAGAGAAUGUCAAGACCAAGUGGAUCAACCCUGAGAUGUCGACGGAGGAGCUCGAGGCCUACGUGAACAGCCAGUUCGAUGAGCUCCGCAGACUGGUGCGCCUGGAGGAGAAGAGGACCCUUCACCUGGUGGACCUCAAAGAGGCCUUUCUGACGGCAUCUGCCGCUGAGAAAAUCGCAGAGAUCUCCGUCGAAACGGAACGCCUGCAGGAAGAGAUGGCCAACAUCACACACCAACUGUGCCUGCUGGAACAAGCCGAGGCGAUAGGUCCUGUGGCGGCAGCAGAGGCCCUCGUUGCAGCGCCUGGACCAGCCCGCAGAGUGCAGCACGACAUUGAGGCCAGGCCAAGGCUACCAGAGCCGAGGGCAGACCCAGUGAAUCCGCGGGACUUUGAUGACAAUGAUUCCGGACCAUCCAUGGACCACGCCCCCUGAUACCGGCAGACCAGACCCCUACUACAUCCACCUGUCCUUCAAUGUCUGCUUCAGGCAGCCGUCAGCCCCGUCGAGCUGUCAGCCUGGCCCUCUCCCUCCCUCUCUCUCUCUCUCUGUCAGCCAUCUCCCUUUUUACCCAUGCUCCCCCUCCUCCCCAGAGCCUGCUGGCAGUGAACUGACCUUGAAGAGGGCUUGCUGUGACAAAUAUGGAUGGCCACGUCUUUUCUGCUCUCAAACUUUUUUAAUUCCUCACUAGCUACUAACUUUCUUUAAUUGAAGCACGCAAGUUAUGUGCAAUCAAUUACCAUCAGGCUCAAUUUCCACAGCCAGUCAGAUCCUUGGCUUACUGGUGAGCCUGGCUGCCUCAGACAGGAGCCCGGGUAGGCAGCCGAGCGGAGCAUCUGUUAAGCCCAACAGAUGUCAGAAUUGGGAGAUUCUGUGGCACGGCGCGCCUCACUCUUCAUUUAUGCACAAUAUCAUUUUGUUUCUGUUGUAUUUUUUGACAAACAUUCUGGACCCUCCCAGACAUAGAAAGGGAACAUUUUUCAGAUGCCACAAUGCCUUACAUUUAAAGAGAAUAUAUUACAGAGGUGAUCCGGGUUUUAUAUUUUGAUUGUAAAAGUGUCUUGUUCUGUAAUGUUGUCUCUUGUAUUUCCCACCGUCCUGUUGCCUUCACCCCUCCUCUCCCCACAGCCUCUGCCCUACCCGCUUAUUUUUUAUGCUUGUAGAUUUGCACGCAUUUCCUCGUGUGCUUGUCAGAUCCAUUAUCAGGAGCGGGGGACAUUUUGACACCUAUUGAUUGGCGAAUGUUGCUGAGUCUUUGUUAGGUGAAAAUCGAACCGUAAUUUGACUGUGCAAAAUAGCACUCCCGCGGUAUCAGCUAUCUAUGCGCUGUAAUGUAAAGGCUCAUUACUCCUGGCCAAUCUGCAGCGUAUGACGGAUUGCAAUCUAGACGAGUGUACGCACUUUUUACCUUGACCCGCUCAGCCAUGGCUUUCAUUCAUGAUGUACCGCUGCGAGUCUGUCUGUGUCAGCAGUUUGUUUUUAAUGUGAUUGAUUCUGUUGCCUUAAAUCCAAAAUUGAAAGCGGUGUCACCUGCAAUAUGUGGGACAUGUUUGACAACAACAUGACUUUACUGUACUGUAGCACUGCACUAAGAUGCACCGAGAGUAGUAAACCCACCCAAGGGAAUUGUCAGUGUGUCAACAGCCUAUUGAAAUAACUCCAACAGCUCAGUCUUUAUUGUAGUGUAACAUCAGACAAAAGUCUGACUGUCUGAUGUCUCUUUUUGUUUUUAUUUGUCUAUUUUUGUCUUAAAUCUAUAAAUAAACAGCCACUUUCUUAGAUUGGAUGUUGAGGAUGACAUUCAUAUUUCCACUUUUGGAAAAAUUCCUGCAUUAUUUGUCUCUUGCAAAACGCCACAAACACCUGAACACCAUCAGUCAUCCGAGACACUAAUAUCAAAAAAACCUUGCAGGCAUGCGACGAUGGAUGGAGACAGGAGGAGAGAUGAAGUGCUGUAAAGAGGGGAUUCAGGAAGGGGAGGAUUUCUUGUCUUCCUUCAUCAAAAUGCAAAGCAGCAACCCAUCCAGAUAGGGCUGGGAAUAGUAGGUUUGGAAACAAAGGGGGUUGAUGGAGCAGGAGAACUCUUUAGGGUUUCUGCUUUUCCACAGAUGCAUUUAAAUGCAGACCGGUUUCAUUCCUACGGAUCGAGACGAGCCAGGACCCACUUUCAUCAACUGGCAGCCUCAAUCAGAAAGCCUUUGUCUCUCUGCUGCUCAUUUUUCUUUCUCACUUUACUUCUCUUGCCUCUUCAGAAUCACACCAUGUGGCUUACACUGGCUGCACACCUGCUUUCCACACAGAGCCGCUUCAUCAAGCCAAGAAUGCUUUCUCAGCGUGUCUGAUCCCACCGCAUUGAGAUAUUGACUCCGAGAAACUCAUUUAGCCGGUGGUCACUGCUAUCUGGGUGGUAACACAUCUGGGUUUGCAUUCUCUUGUGAGUUUCCCUUUACAGAAAUAAUGGGGCUUAAUGGUUUACCGCAUGAGGCAUUGAUCCUCAGCAUUCACUAAGCCACUGCUGACUGACCAAGCACCAGAGCACUCAAACCCUUUUAGAGAUUUUACUUGUUGUGUUUUAGUGUUUCUGCAGCUAAAUUGAUUAAAGUAAGCCUAGGAGGAGGCAUCGCCAGAUACAGGCCCUCUGCGCUAUCAAAAGGAAGGCUGGGUAAUCAUUACCCCGUCAUCUGCGUAGCCUCCGUCAUGGAGUCCGACCUGAUCAAAGAAAUAAUAACAAACCUGAAGGGGGGCAACAAUGUGCCUGUUGUCUGGGGAGGAAAUGGAGAGGAGGAGAUUGUCUGAUCUAAUUUAGCCAGGGAGACCACAAGGUUCCCUUUUUUUCCACACCCAAUUACACCUGCUCCUCCAGGUUCACUUCACCGAGCAUGUUCACACAGAGGCACAAAGAGGCGCAAAUAAACACAAGCACAGCCGCGAGACCCGCGCUUUCCUGAUGGGCAAAGAGACUAUUUGUGUAUUUGUAUUGACAUGAAUUAAUUGCUUCAUGGGUUGUGAGAUUGAAUUAGCUACGUGACGUGCGUGCAAGUGGCGAUGCAGCUUUGAUUGCCGCCUUUAAUAGAGCUUAUUUCUUUCCGCCGUCAUUUAAAAGACAGUUGGUGUCUGUGGCUUCACAGUAAUGGAGCAGCUCCACCACCCACCAACCCACCAUGACUUAAUGAUUCUGUUUAUUAGCAUGCAAGAGCUGGGAGAAAAAUAGGAAAUUUCGCUAAUAAAAGACCACACUUUGCCUUGA